CGAAGUGAUUGAAAACGGCAUGGACCAAAUGUCACAUUCGAAGGUGGAUUAAAUUUUUCCAAUGACAACAUGAAACGGUGGAUUAUUUUUAUCAUCAGGAAGUCGAAGCAGAAAAAAUGCGAAUACCAGAUACUGCAGAAUUUAACAAAGAUGGAGAUGACAUAAAAGGAAGUUCGAAUCAAUUGGAAGCGGAUGUUAAAUCAGAAAAAGGGAUAGCAUCUGAUGUCGGAGAAUCCAUCCACGGGAGUUGUAGUAACGAAGAAGGUUUGAGUGUAUUAGUAAAAGAGAAUUCACCUGAAUCUACGGAAAAAAGUACGUCGGAAAUUGUAAAAAAUGUCGAACCCCCUAUGGAGACUUUCGGAAAUGAGACCUGGGAUGUGAGUAAAAACAAGAAUAAAUCAGAAAUUGAAGAGAAAAUAACCAGAACAUUUGCAAAUAGGAAGAAACAAAGUCGUAAAGAAAGAAAAAAGUUAAGAGCUGCGCAACAACAAUUAUUAAAAUCACAAGGUCUAAUAAAUUCAGGAAAUCAGGGAAUACCGCCAGGACCCCAAGGGAUAUCACCAAGAAAUCUAGAAAUUCUAUCAAGAAAUAUAGGAAGUCUAGCUACAAACCAGAUAAAUCAAGUAAUGCCAGUGGAUCCACAAUAUCAACCACUAAAUCAAGAGAAUCAACAAUAUACAGUACUAAACCAAGGAAGCCAACCAUAUCCACCGCAGAAUCAAGGAAAUUUGGCAACUCUGCCAAGAAGCCACAUUUCACAGAAUCCUCCAGGAAGUUAUUCAGAAAAACGAAAAAGAAAAUCUGAUUACUCUUCAUCUACGAGUGUUCAAAAUUUAAAAAAACCAAAAUAUUCAGAACCCUCUAUAAACACUGACCUCAUAAGAGUCAUUAUGAAAGAAGGCUAUCGGAAAGAGGACAUUACUAAAGAGGAGUUGGCAAUAUUCAGGAAUGCUAUUUCACAGGAAAUAGAUCGAAUCCAAGUAGGCCCCGUACCAAGAUUUAAUGAUGCCUAUCUCAAGCUAGGGGGGAUUGUUGUAGAAAGUGUAGAUAAUUGGUCAAGAGACUGGUUAAUUUUUAAGGUACCUGAACUUCAUCCCUGGACGGAAGCCAGGCUGAAAGUUGUGAAUUUGACAAGCCUUGAGAAAUUCCAUAAGGCAAUUAUAUGGAUUCCGGGGCUGACUGAAAAUCCUGAGUGUAUUUUGAGAAGACUGGAAAAACAGAAUCCUACAUUAAAAACAGGAGCUUGGAGGGUCCAUUCUAGUGAAGAGGACCUUACACCGAGAGGAUAUCAUAUAAUUUUUGAGAUUCCAGCUGGUUCUAUGAGAGUUCUUGGAGAAAUGGAUUUUAAACCGUACCUGGGUUUAACUAGGGUUCAUGUUAGUGUAACUAAAAAAAACAUCCGGUGAAAGGUCUAGGUUGCAGUUCUUGGAGGUAGUUUUGGAUAUUUUGAUGCUUGCAAUUAGAUUUUCCGAACUGAUUUUUGAUAUGAUAGGUCUGUAGGCUGGAGAAACUGAUACAGAAAUUCAAAUUUUGUUUUUAUAAUAGUUUAUAAUAUUUGUUUUCUUGAUAAGCAUAGAACAUCAUUUUUUCUUUUGCAGCGGAUGUUGGUACCUUCGAUUUUCGUAAUGAAAAUCAUUAGUGUAGUAAAAUAGAAAGAUUAAUUUACUAAAUAUUUAGUUUUUUUAUAAUUUCCAUAUUGAUUAGAUAUAAAUUCGUUCAACUAUGCUUUCAAAAGUAUUUUUGUACUAUAAAGAUUCCAUAAUAAAUAAGAUUUGGUGAAUAAACGAGAAA